ACUAUUAAUACAAAUACUGGUCACACGUCGGCCACCGCUAAACUCUUUCAGACUAGAGGCCAAACUGUCGUUGAUUUGCCGCCAACUCAUGUGUGCCGUAUUGACGGCUGUGGUCUCGAGUUUUACAUUGAAUACACUCUAAUCGCACACCAGAGGGAUGUCCACAAGACAACUGAGCCAACCGUUCACUUCUUGUACGACACGAGUGGUGUCGACGGCAGUGAUAGCGCCGUUGGUUUAGGAGUCGGUUGUGCUAACCCGAUGCCAUCCAUGAAGUCCGGCUGUGCGCACAACGGCUGCGGCCUAUCGUUUGCCCCAAUACCGGAUCUGAAGAGACACCAACUGUAUGAUAAGCAUAGGCUGACUGUCCAUUCAACGGCGGCGGCCACUGAAACUGUCCACAAGACUACGGCUCAAGAGAUUCACUUUAGGUACGAAAAGAUUGGUGUAAACAGCGAUAGACCCAUAGAGACCACGACUGUCCUACCGGUGCAGUCAAUCUCUGCCACCAUUCAUUCAGACAACAGUGAUAUGGACUCUGAUCUCGAAGUGAUAAACAUUAUACCGGAACCCAAACCCACCGUCCAUACAGUGUCGGUGCGACCGAUCACUGGCCACACAUCAAAACGCUUACUAAUUGAGUAAUGUUUAUAAAAUAUUUAUUAUA